AGAGAUUCUCUAACUUACAUUGAAAAAGUCUAUAUUUCUCUACAGCCACACAGUACUUUACCGUGUUCUUUUUAUUGCUAAAGUCCAACUAAGCCCAUGUGGUCUCCCCAUCGGCUUGCAUUGAAUGGCUGCCGAUACCUUUCUUGGUGGAUGGUGAGACCGCCGUACCCCCCUCCCUCCCUCCCUCGCUUGCAUGCCAGCCCAGCUACUAAAUUCUCAAUUCCUCCCUGCAUUUGAGUUUUAUUUUAAGCAGCUCUGACGAGCUUUUGGGAUUCAUCUCCAUCGACACACUUAAUUUUAAAUCCUCAAUGAGAGCUCAUUAUCUUUUCUUCACAGGAAAGUAAAGCCAAAAAUACAAAAUUUCCAAAAAAAAAAAACCCUAAAAACUAAAAAGCCGGCCCGAUAUUAAAGCUCUUCCUACAGCACAAUUCUUUCCCUUCCAUUCCAAUCCAUGGCCAAUUCCAUCCAAACUUCCACCGCUGACACUGACACUGCCACCAAACACCCCUCAAAACGUAGAAAGCUAACCACAGACCACCACCAGAACCACCAAGAACAGCUUCUCAUACCAGGUCUUCCUAACCACGUAGCUCAACUUUGCCUCUCCCUUGUCCACCCUUCUACACUUUACUCUGUUUGUCACUCAUGGCGUCGCCUAAUCUACUCCCUUUCUUUCCCUCCUUUUCUAUCUCUCUAUGCGGUUUUAUCAUCAACAAAUAUAAAUCACCGCCUUUCCAAUAACAACCCAAUCCAAUCCUUCAACUUUGACCCCAUUUCUUCUAAAUGGGAUUCUCUCCCUCCUCCACCACCAGACCCACCACUCCAUCUCCUUCUCCGCCACCCUUGCUUCAUCGCCCGUGACCUUCCUAUCCAAUCCAUCUCUGCUUGUGGUCGCUUGAUACUUAUUGCUGCUACUUCUCACAAUUUUUCCCCAGCUCUCUCUCGCCCUCUUGUUUUUAAUCCACUCUCAGGCGUAUGGGGCUUUGGCCCCCCACUCACCGCACCUCGCCGCUGGUGUGCUGCAGGCUCAGCAAAGCACACGGUCUAUGUGGCGAGUGGGAUCGGAUCCCAGUUCAACACGGACGUGUCCAAGUCAGUAGAGAAGUGGGAUUUGCAAAGCAAGAACGUCGGGAUCUCCAGCAUCGCCAAUAAAACAAUUAAAUGGAAAUGGGAAAAGGUUAAAGAACUAAAAGAUGGGAGAUUUUGUAGGGAUGCUAUCGAUGCAGUGGGGUGGAGAGGGAAACUUUGUAUGGUGAACAUGAAAGGAGAUGCACCUAAAGAAGGACUUGUUUAUGACACUGAGAAAGACGCAUGGGAGAACAUGCCAGAGGGUAUGCUUGCAGGGUGGAGAGGACCCGUAGCAUCCAUGGAUGAAGAGACUAUGUUUGUGGUGGAUGAAGCCAGGGGUGUGCUUAGAAAGUAUGAUCCAGAAAGGGAUUAUUGGGAGCAUACGAUGGAGUCAGAAAGGCUUGUUGGAGCACAGAAGAUUGCAGCUGGUGGCGGUAGAGUUUGUGUUAUUUGCAGCUGUAGUUCUGAGAUUGUGGUGCUGGAUGUGGCGGCGCUUCCGGUGAAACUAUGGGUGGUGAAAACGCCACCGGGAUUUGAAGCCUUGGCAAUUCAUAUUUUGCCAAGGAUGAGCCGGCCAGAUUUUUGAUUUCCUGGAUCAAUACAGUACUGAUGCUGAUCCCUGCAAGAUUUCGUUUGCCCAGAGUAUAGUUUGCUUGCCCACUUCAACCACCGCUGUUAAAAAUAUUUCUGUAAAAACAU